AUGGCGUCUUCAUUAUCCUCCUCAGUUACCUCGUUACAGUCAUCUCUGCAGAUUCUGGACAACUCUAUAUCCAUCCUCGAUUCGGGUGUGAGCGAUUACCCCCGUCUAUGUAAAGUCCUCCAGACGACGCGACACUUUGAGCUCCUACCUGAGCCUACGUUGCGUGAAGCGCAGCAGUCUCUCCUUGACGAAAUCACUCCCAGCAUCGCCCACCUCCUCACACUAUCAUCAAACCACGUUGAAAAGCUCGCCCGCCGCGAACAAGGCUUAAAGGCGAAAUGCGAACUGCAAGAAGGACGACUCUCGUCUAACCCGGAGAGCCGGUCAUCAGCCACUCGCAGCCAACCUCAAAGCAGCUCACUGCGGGGUCGCAUGGCGGGGCCCAGCGCUGGCUCGUCGAGUAAUGCAGCAGCAGCCAAGGCAGCGGAGCUGAGAAGACUCGUGCAGAAGAAAGAACGGCUCAAGUUCGCAGUCGAUCGAUUGGAAUUGCAAAGUACACAGAAGCAAAGACAACUGCGAAAGAGUAUGGCUGCGCAGUGA